UAUUCCCCCCCCCCCCCGGGCUGCUUCCUAUUUGCAUCUGGAAAUUUGAUUUUUCCCUCAAGAGCCCGAAACGCUCGGUCUACUCCUUCUAGGGCUCCAGUACCCAGAGUCCGAGAGCCAGGCGCCCUAGUCCUGGGGUUACGGAUCUCGGUCUCCCGGAUCCAGGCAUCCCGGAUCUACGCCACCUAGGUUGAGCUUCCUGAAGACCUCGGCUACCUGUGUUCCCUUACUCCUUCAGGGAGUUAAAGACCCCUACGUCCUGGUCUGAAGAGCUGUUCUCUACCGCAACAAAAAGGAAAAGCUACCCAGGCGCUCUCAAUUCCCAGUUUUCGGGGAUUCGACAUCACCAGGAAAAAUAAAGGGAUCUCCUCGCACAGCUCAGGGAGCUUAGGACCCUCCAGUUUCCGAGAUCCGGUGGACGCACAACUUCAAGGACCGCUGCAAAGUUUCAGCCUCCACUCUCGGUCCUAAGGACGUCACACCUAGUCUCUAGGCGCACAAGGAACCCGCCUGUUACGGCUCAGCAUGGCAGUGGAUCCCCCUAAGGCUGACCCCAAAGGGGUAGUGGCGGUGGAUCCCACCGCGAACGGUGGCCCCGCGCUGGGAUCCAGAGAGGACCAGAGUGCGAAAGCAGGUGGCUGCUGCGGUUCCCGGGACCGGGUGCGCCGCUGCCUUCGCGCCAACCUGCUGGUGCUGCUCACGGUGGCUGCGGUGGUGGCUGGCGUGGUGCUGGGGCUGGGGGUCUCGGCAGCGGGCGGUGCUGAUGCGCUGGGUCCCGCGCGCUUGACCGCUUUCGCCUUCCCGGGAGAGCUGCUGCUGCGUCUGCUGAAGAUGAUCAUCCUGCCACUCGUGGUGUGCAGCCUGAUCGGAGGUGCAGCCAGCCUGGACCCUAGCGCGCUCGGUCGUGUGGGCGCCUGGGCGCUGCUCUUUUUCCUGGUCACCACACUGCUCGCGUCGGCGCUCGGCGUGGGCUUGGCCCUGGCGCUGAAGCCGGGCGCCGCCGUUACCGCCAUCAACGACUCUGUUGUAGACACCUGUGCCCACAGUGCACCCACCAAAGAGGUGCUGGAUUCCUUUCUGGAUCUCGCGAGGAAUAUUUUCCCCUCCAAUCUGGUGUCUGCUGCCUUCCGCUCUUUUGCUACCUCGUAUGAUGAAUCCAAAUGCAGCUCAAGUGAAAUCCGGUCCUGUAUACAGCGGAAGAUCAAUGCAACCACGGUCCAGCUUGUCUGUGAGGUGGAGGGAAUGAACAUCCUGGGCCUGGUGGUCUUCGCUAUCGUCUUUGGUGUGGCUGUGCGGAAGCUGGGACCCGAGGGUGAGCUGCUCAUUCGUUUCUUCAACUCCUUCAACGAUGCCACCAUGGUCCUGGUCUCCUGGAUUAUGUGGUACGCACCCAUUGGAAUCUUGUUCCUGGUGGCCAGCAAGAUUGUGGAGAUGAAAGACGUCCGCCAGCUCUUCAUCAGCCUUGGCAAAUACAUUCUGUGCUGCCUGCUGGGCCACGCCAUCCAUGGGCUCCUGGUUCUGCCUCUCAUCUACUUCCUCUUCACCCGCAAAAAUCCCUAUCGAUUCCUGUGGGGCAUCAUGACGCCCCUGGCCACAGCUUUCGGGACCUCUUCUAGCUCUGCCACCUUGCCUCUGAUGAUGAAGUGUGUAGAGGAGAAGAAUGGUGUGGCCAAACACAUCAGCCGGUUCAUCCUGCCCAUCGGCGCCACGGUCAACAUGGACGGGGCGGCGCUGUUCCAGUGUGUGGCGGCAGUGUUCAUCGCACAACUAAACGGGGUGUCCCUGGACUUCGUGAAGAUCAUCACCAUCCUGGUCACAGCCACUGCAUCCAGUGUCGGUGCAGCAGGGAUCCCUGCAGGGGGCGUCCUCACCCUCGCCAUCAUCCUGGAAGCAGUCAGCCUUCCUGUCAAGGACAUCUCCUUGAUCUUGGCCGUGGACUGGCUAGUGGACAGGUCCUGUACUGUCCUCAACGUGGAAGGUGAUGCUUUUGGGGCCGGACUGCUUCAGAGUUACGUGGAUCAAACCAAGAUGCCGAGCUCAGAGCCUGAACUGAUCCACGUGAAGAACGAGGUGUCUCUGAAUCCACGGCCCCUCGCCACAGAGGAGGGGAACCCCCUCCUGAAACAGUACCAGGGACCCACCGGGGACUCCAGUGCCACGUUCGAAAAGGAAUCUGUCAUGUGAAUAUCAGGAGGGACUUUCUCCGCCCUGGUGGCUUCACGUUGGAGGCCAGGGUCUUGAGAGCUAGAGAAAUGGACGGGAUAAGGGCUUUAGGGGUGGGCCGUUUACACACUCCAGGAAUCUAGGGUUCCCUAUCUCCUUCCUGGAGAGGCUAUUAGGAGCCUCAUUGCUGGGGUGCACACGCUUAUAUAUGAAUGUGUCCACAAAUCUCACCCCCCUCCCCAUCCUGUCCCCCAUUCAAGGAAUGACAUUCUCAGUCACCCAGAGCCAACUGGCCUACAGUCUCAGGAAAUGAGUUGUCCUGUAGAGUUCUCUACCCUUUAAAGGCAAAGGUAUUGUGAUGCCCCUAUCUGUGCUGUGUGUGCACUUGCUGUGACCUUCCCAGUAGUCCCUCCAUGACAACAAACACUCCCAUGAGUCCCGGGGGAAAGCCAAGAAUAAAUGUCACUCCAGAACACAUUUUUAAGCAAUAAAAUGGUGUCAAAUGUAUUGACCACGGCCCUAGAGUCUGAGUAAUACCAGGUGUAUUGUCACCAGGUGUAUUGUCACAUGUCUUUACUUGCAGCACUGGGGAAGCAACUUCGAGGUUCGUGCCCGGGGAAGGACACAGGAAGGAGAUUCAGGAGCUAAAGGCCAUCCUGGGCUGUGACACUGUCUCAAACCUUUAUUGCUGGACACAAGUGUCACACACCUUCAGUCCUCGUACUGCGGGGCAGAGGAAGGCAGAUCUCUGAUCUACACAGUGAGAUUCAGGCCAGCCAGUGCUACAUAGACCAUAUCUCCAAAAACGUAUCUUUAAUAUUUUGACUAAAUAUGAAAAUCAAAUCAACACUUAAAGUCAAGUUUUAGAUUAAGAAAUUGUGAGCUGGUAAGACAGCUCAUGGGGUACAGGUACCUGUGGCAAAGAAUGGACUUGGGUUCCAUCCCUGGGACCCACAUGGUUGGGGGAGGGGAUGGGAAGCUGGCUCAGCAGGUAAGAGUACUUGCUGCUCUUGUGGAGGACUGGGGUUUAAGUCCCAGCAUUCACAUUGGUGGCUCACAACCAUCCAUAACACCCUGUGGGAUUAGAUGCCCUCUUCUGACCUCUGGGUGGCAAGCAUGCAUGUGAUACACAUGUAUAUGCAGGCAAAGCAUUCUUACACAUAAAGUAGUCAAUUUAAAUAAACAGGGCUGGAGAUAGGGCUCAGCAGUUAGGAGCACUGGGUGUUCUAGAGGACCUGGGUUCCACUCCCAGUUCACAAACAUCUCUAACUCCAGUUCCAGACAAUGUAAGCUCGGUCCCUGGGUCCCAAAGAAGGUGGGAGAGACCUGCCAAGUUGUCUUCUGAACUCCACAUACCCACAGCAUUUUUUAGAUAACUCACUAUGUACUUCUGACUGCUUUCAGCUCACAGAAAUCCACUUGUCUCCUGAAUGAUGGGAUCAGAGGCAUGUGCCACUACACUCAGAUUAUACUUAAAUUUUUAUUGCUAAAAGUUAUCAUUGAUCUUGGCUUAGUGACAUCAGUAUUGGAGCCUUUUAGAUAAGGUGAAUAAUGCAUUUCCUUUG